CAGACUAUUGUGUUUGUUUUGGGGUGGACGUGUCUUAUAAGUGGAGGAGCCCAAAGGGUCAGAGAGCAGAGACAGAUCAGAGCUGCCUUUAAUCUCAAAGUGCCAGUCAACCCUGAAAGGCCUCGCCACGGAAGUCCAUUAAUUCGAAGAGUUUAAGGGGAGAAUCAUGCAGAUCCCGUCAGCGCAUCGUUUCUUGGCUGUGUAUCUCACGCUGUUUGGAUACCUCAGGGACGUUUACACGGGGACAGUUCCGAUGAACUCGAAUUCCAUCAAAAACUUGCCCGGUGUUUCGGGUAGCAAAGGCGCCGACAGUGUCAGUCCGAGUCCGCGCACCUCACCGUCCGGUGGCAUGGGACACAAAUUACCCGCAGACACCUUACAGCAGUCAGGUGUCUGCACCGAUGAUGAAGACUGCGGAGGUGAUGAAUUCUGCAACGACGCCAGAGGCGCCUGCCUGCCCUGCCGUAAGAGCCGGAAACGUUGCGCACGGGACUCCAUGUGUUGUGCAGGAAAUCGCUGCAGCAAUGGUGUAUGCCAGGCAAAUGAUAUAGAUGGUGCAGAUGCAUCCAUCCUCACUGCCUGGCAUAAACACAACAACACCAUGGAGCAUCACGCCAAGAGGCCCCCCACUGCCAAUGGCCAUCAGCCUCAUGCUGUUAAAGGCCAGGAGGGGGACACUUGCCUGAGAUCUGCAGACUGUUCUGAGGGUCUGUGCUGUGCCAGACACUUCUGGUCUCGCAUCUGUAAGCCUGUGCUGACGGAGGGCCAGGUGUGUACGCGCCACCGCAGGAAAGGCACCCAUGGCUUGGAGCUCUUCCAGCGCUGCGACUGCGGAGACGGCAUGACCUGUCGACCAGAGAAAGGAGAGCGAGACCAAAGUGUCAGCAGGACUGCAGCCCGGAACCUACACACCUGUCAGAGACGCUGACAAAAGCGUGGACACACACAGAGACAGAAAUACACACUCACACACACAAGACACACUCCCAGCAAACCAACAAAUCAGUCACAGACACUGACAAAACACUUUUCAGCCUUGCAUACACCUGAGAUGCUGACACACACACAUAGAUAUCCAACUCCUAAGACAUUCUUUCCUGCCAAAGUUGCUGACACAAACAGCACCCGGAAGGAUAGACAUGAUUCCUGGAAAAGUGAUACACCCAGAGGGAUGCAGCAGUGCAAGACGGACUGAUCCAAUUCCCCAUCAACAGAUGAGGAGUCGGAAGUUAGGAAGGGGCAUUACAGAAAUCUUGUGAAGAUCGAUUCAUGUCGUCGGUAAUGGCAGAGCUGUUUUGUUUCUCUUUUUAUGGAACUUCGAGCCUCAGUUAUUGCAGUAAAUUACUGUAUUGUAAAUAUUACCCUGGAGGUGGCACUUAAAUGAGCUAUUGAAUUCUGUCAACACCAGUAUUAUAAAGACAUGGUGCUGCAUGCAUUGUAAAUGUGUUAUAUAUAUUGUUUUAUAAGAAAAUGUUAUAUAUAGAAAAUCUGAAUAUAUUUGUUUUAUUAAACACCAUGUGAUAACCUCACUCCUUUUCUCUGCCCCUCAUUUUUGGCAAUUAUGUUUUAAAGUAACUGGCUGACAAAAAAGCAAAAGCUUUUUGGGACAUUGUUUCAGUGAGUUCUCAAUCAAGAUCUAUGAAAUACAAAUUCUCCUGCAGCAGUUAGGAUCUGAACCAUUUAGUCGUUAUUUAUUCACUUAAAGGCUGGUAGGGGUGGGAACUGUUUCUGGCUAAAUAAUAACCAUCCUCCUCUGGAAAGCAAGAGUUAUCUGAACAAUCACUUGGUGGUGUUUAGUCCUCUCAAAUAUGCUUCU